AUGGAAUUGGAAAAAAAGGAUGUUGAUUGGAUGGAGGCCAGAUUGGGAAGUUUUGAUGUUGGGAUUGGAAAAAAAUUCCCACAUUAAUUGGCUCUUUUGGGUUCUUCAAUUUGGUGAAAUCCAGAGAUGAUGUUUGAAAGCAUUGAAGACGAUGGGAAUCCAUCUACAUCUGAGAAAAGUAGGGUCGUUCAUUCAAGGCUAUAAGUAUGCCACGUAUAGGGUCGUUCAUUCAAGGCCAUCAGUACGCCACGCUUUCUCUUCUCUUCUCUUUUCAUUUUUUUCUCCACAGUGGAGAAGGGGGUAACCAUUCUGAUCCGAUAAACGGCGACUGCAUUGCUUUAUCACAUCCAUCCGUCUUAGUCCGAUUGUCGAUCCUGAAUUGAAAUGGAGCAUACCGAAACACCACCAAUUGGAAUCAUUUCGUCAUAUCUCUACAGCUUUGGAGCUGGUCUCUUUCUUUUGGUUCUCUCAUUUCUUUUUGUUUUGAAGAAGGCUACUGCCCAUAAACGCAAAGAACCUCCUGAAGUAGAUGGCCGAUGGCCGAUAAUCGGUCAUCUACAACUUCUCAAAAGUGAUUCACAACUCCCUCAUCAAACCUUGGGAGCCUUGGCUGACAAAUAUGGACCAAUAUUCCGCAUCCGAUUCGGUGCCCAACCAACUCUUAUUAUUAGCAGUUCCGAAUUAGCUAAACAGUGUCACACAACCCUUGAUUCAAUUGUCUCCUCUCACCCCAAAAGUGUGGCAGGAAAGCUGUUAGGCUACAACUAUGCGGCAUUUGGGACCAGGCCUUACGAUUCUUUUUAUCGUAGUAUGCGUAAAAUUGUAGUUUCCGAGGUGCUUUCGAACCGCCGUCUGGAGUUACAAAGAGAUGUUAGAGUUUCUGAAGUGAAGAAGUCUUUGAAGCAGGUUUACAAUCAAUGGACAAAGAGAGAGGAAGGGUCAAACUCUAUAUUGGUUGAUGUGGAAGAGUUGAUUGGGAAUAUUAACUUGAAAGUGGUUCUGAUGAUGGUUUGCGGUAAACGGUUCCUUGGUGGUUCUGGUGAGGUUGAGGAGAUGAAAAGGUAUCGUAAAGUUAUGAGAGAUUUCUUGGAUUUGUUGGGGAAGUUUGUGGUGGGAGAUUCCAUCCCUUUCCUGAGAUGGUUGGAUGUAGGUGGACAUGAGAAGGCCAUGAAGAUAACUUCAAAACAAUUGGACUCUCUUUUGGAGGAAUUGCUUGAGGAUCAUCGUCGGAAGAGAAACUCAGGUGCUAUCGAUGGUGAACAUGGUGACUUGAUGGAUGUAUUGCUUUCUAAUCUUGAAGGGAUGGAUCUUGCGGGCUACGACGCCGAUACAGUCAUUAAAGCCACUUGUAUGAGCAUUAUCACUGGGGGAACUGACACUGUAACGAUAAGUCUGGCAUGGGCCGUCUCCUUAUUGCUUAAUAAUAGGGAGGUACUAAGAAGGGCACAAGAGGAGCUAGACAUUCAUGUAGGAAACAAAAGGCUAGUGGAGGAAUCAGACAUAAGCAAGUUGGUGUAUCUCCAAGCUGUAGUGAAUGAGACAUUAAGGUUGUAUCCACCUGGACCGUUGUCAGGUAUUCGAUUGUUCAGUGAGGAUUGCACAGUCGGAGGCUACAACAUUGCGGCCGGCACACAUCUCAUUACAAACAUCUGGAAGAUACAUACAAACCCCGAGGUUUGGGCUGAACCUUUGGAGUUCAAGCCUGAGAGGUUUCUCAACAGAAACAAGCAGUUGGACGUCAAGGGGCAAAGAUUUGACUUUAUCCCAUUUGGUUGUGGAAGAAGAGCUUGCCCUGGAAUGAACCUUGGGAUUCAAAUGACACAGUUGAUGCUGGCAAGUUUGAUUCAUUCGUUUGAACUGAAUACUCGUUCUGAUGGACCAGUGGACAUGGCUGCUGGCUUUGGAAUUGCAAUGUACAGAACCAACCCUCUCGAAGUUCUCGUCAAGCCGCGCCUUCUUGCUAGUGCUUAUGUAUGAUCGUAGCAGAGUCCAUUGUAUUUCUCUCAAUUCUUGAAUCUGAAUUAAAUAUGUAUCCAUGUAAUUUAUGACGAGACAAAAUCAAUUAACUUUUGGUGAGAUGAACAUAAUUUUUUAGUAAAACAUUCUUAAUCGUUA